AUGGGAGAACUAUUCACUACGUUAUGUCGACAGGCUCCUCAACAUCAACAGUCCUAUGCUUCGAUUUACCGUGAAAUCAUGUUCCCGCUCAUGAUCGUCAUAGCGCUAGCAUUGCCUUCCAUUGUCCCUUCUAUGGAGGAGCAGCCACAUACGCGUCAAAAAAGACUUUCUGUGGCCAUAUAUCUGUGUGGAUCUGGCUACUCAUACUACCCUUGUGGACCAUGCGUAUUCAACUGCUAUCCAGGAGCACAACGAUUCUUCCCUGUUGCUCAACCGUAUUACUAUUAUCCAGCACCCACCAUAAUACAGCCGCCCACUGUUAUUCAACCAGGAAUACAAUCGACUCAACAGUGCAUCGGACCGUGCGUAAAUGGACAGUGCCCAGCAGGAUAUCAAUGUAAUGCGAAUAACGGGAUAUCAAUGAGAUACGUGCUAUUGGUUAGCAUAGCACUGGCAGUUGUGUACUGUGAAGGACCGGUCUACGUCCAAGAACUAGAAGCAUUGGUACAGGCGAAGAACGAUAAGCAGGAACUAAGGAGUUUAGCAGAUAACAGAUACAUGAUUAGAUCCGAAAAAUUGAAACGUCUAAAAGUGAUCCUUAGAAGACUAUCACCUGCUAUCCAGGCUAAGUACAAAAAUACCAUUAACGAAGAAAAAGCGAAGAAGAAAAAACUGCUUGAAAUGCAAAGAGCCGAUGCCAAGAAAUGGGGCUACCAAACAUUACUAAUGAAAAUAGUGGCAAUUGAUAGUGACAUGAGUAUCUCAGAUGCCGAAGCAAGUAAACGCGAACAAGCGCUCUUAAAAGCUCUUACACCUUCGCAAAGGAAAGACUUCGAGGCAAUAAAGCAAGGAAGGAAAGCUAGAAACGGAAGUAGUACGUGGCCUAUUAUGAUAAUUCUCUGCAUAGUCACUAUUUAUGUAUUCAUCUUCUAUCAGGAUUUAAAAUGA